CACUCCCAGGGUCUUUGUCCACUACAAUAUCUCUCGACGCCGACUCGACGACGAACGCCAUGGCGUCUUCGGUUGCGCUGCCUAGACGGCCGAACUCACGCACCACCACCGAUGGCAAUCAUGGUUUCAACUGGUAGUUCUACAAUGUUUCACAUACGAGGACGACGGAGACUCCCUCUGGACCGCGCUGGAUUCGUCGCUGGACUGCUGUGUCUCGAGGCCGUCGUCGUCAUGGGGGCCCUCGUGCUGUUCGGCGUCGCAUACCCGGACCGCCUCCGCUCGCGGCUGUGGAGGAACGGCGGCGAGGAAGGGUGGUGCUCGAACCCGCGGUUGAGGAUCUACUUCUACGCCAACCACGAGGAGCCUCCCGAGAUCCCGCUGGUAUGGAGUCAGAGGCUCACGAUUUCAAACAUUGCCACCGCGGUCCUCAGCGCGACCGUCUUCUUCGCGCGGCUCACGAUCGCUGCCCUGCAGUACGAAGCCCGAUGGACGAACCUCGUAUACGACGCCCUCCUCGCGUUUCUCUGGGCUCGCAGCGCCGCGACACAGAACGGACCCGACUUCACCGACCCUCAGCACCUCAGCGAAAGGCCGUGGUAUCUCGUGCGGAGCUGCGACGAGGCGUGGGCUCAGAACCUCGGUUGGUGCAGGAUUGCGAAAUGGGAAUUCUCGUGGGCGAUACUGGCGGCGACGUUUUAUGCUGCGAGAAUUGUCGGCGCCCUCGGAUGGUCGACAUAUGAGCUGGGCAAGCGUGACGGGAUGAAGAUCGGGAGAAAUAUGGAUUCGAUGUUGGUCCAGUGGACCGGGGAUGCGAAGAAAUGGGUUGCGACGAACGAGGAAGAGGUUGAUGAGGAGGACUGGGCAUGAUGCGACGUGCUCGACGUUGCACAAGAUCGACGGUAUCACAGCAUAUCAAGCGGAACUACGAACGACAUCACCACUCCAUCACCGAUCACGGCUUUCGACGACUACGACGACGACGAGAUCAACAAUGUACCAAUAGAAUCAACUAUCAAUUGCGAGUCUCCACCUAACGACUAUUCAUUCUCAAGAGUCCACGAAAAGAGAGAAAAGAAGAACGCGUCCGUUGUUGUGCAACCGUUCAUGUUCCAUCGGACCGGACCGGCCCUACCCAUCAUCCCCUCACGGAGUAGCCGCCGCCGAUCGAUCAACCAUGACGAUCAUCCGAUCC